UGCACGAUCAAAUUCAAAGCUACUUUGUAUUCAGUAACCGUACCUAAUGAUGUAGGUACGAUUAGGUAACUCAUUCUAUGCAAAACUUGAUCCAAAAUGUCAUAUUUUUACACCACCGUGAAGAUUUCAGUUUUCAUCUGGCUCCAACUGACAGGCAUUUUUUCAACGCAGCAAAUACAUAUGGAAAACGAUAUUACAACACAUUUGAACGCGUGGGUUUCGACAAUAUUUGCCAUAGACGGCAUAAACGCCUUAGAUAUAAUUUGCGAUGAACUAAAAGGCUACAAUUUUAAAGUAUUCGGGAAAUACUUUUUGACUAUUUAUAUAAUGGUUAGCCAAACGCCCACACGAAAUACAGCUUUGCAAAUGGUUUGGAAUUUCAAAGAAAACAAUACCAUUGCAUUUUUUGAAAAACUUGACUUGGUGAUUUGGAGGUUACCAAUGGGCGGCCCCGCGAGAAAAUCAGAUGCUGAAAUAUAUCCCACGUAUAAUAAUUUCACAAUAAGUGCCGACGUUGGGCCGUACACAGAAGACGAUUUAAAAAUCAACUGCAAUAUCACAUACAGUAGUAUGGACAACUGGAGCGAUAUUCCAUGGAACCGCAUAGGUUUACCAGUUGAAGAUGGAGAGGGAGAUCGACUAGAAGAAGAAAUCAGAAGAGAUUUGCCAACGAUUUUACAAGAAGGGUUAAACUAUAAUGAAAAUUUCACUAAUAAACUUUAUCAAGUUUUCCAAGAAGCGUACGAGAAGCCCAGAAAAGAAAUCAUAUCAACGUAUCCGGAUUUCUCGGGCAACUCGCAAAAGUAUUACUACCACAUACCGCAAAUCCCUUUAUUCUGCUUCACUUUAAAACGUAUCGUUAUCAGUGGUCUGACGAAUUUCGAAUCGUAUGGAGUUGUUCGUGACACAUAUGGAAAUUUCACUUUCACACACAGCUUGCUCAUAAGAAACGUUCAAGGGACAAUGAUUUUGGAUUAUGGAUUUGAAAAUGAACCAAAUUUAGACCUGCAUUUCCAAAUCGAUCGCUUUAUUUUAUCGAAAAACGAAAAAAUUGAUUGCAUUCGUGGGCAGGCUGAAUAUUACAAAGUAACCAGAACAAAAGCAAACGUCGUGUUGAGCGAUCGUCACUCGGAGGUGAUUAUGAAUAGACUGGGAUCAGCUUUGGCUUCUGCAUUAUUAUCAUCGGAUAAAGCUUGGAAGACAUGUGAUAUUGAACGUGAAAUUGGCCAAAUUGAAAUUACAACUGCAUCUGACUGGGGAACGAUUAAAAAAAUGUACAGCGAUUGGGUUCCAUUUAGUUAAUCAAGUUGAUGAUGAACUUUGAAAUAAUCGGAUUCGAGGUUGAGAAUUUUCUACACAUUCGUUGAAAGAAAUUUAUUUAGGUAGGUACCUACUUACUAUUUUUUGUUAGUAUUAUUUUGUAUUAUUUUACAUAGCUUAUUUGCGUAUUUAUUAUUUCUCUCCCAUUUUUUUAAUAAGUUAAUUAUCAUUUACGAAAUAAAUUUAGUCUGAAG